AUGUUGUGGACAGAGUGUGUGGAGGAGGAGGAGGAGGAGGAGGAGGAGCAGUGUGUGUUGUGGUCAGAGUGUGUGGAGGAGGAGGAGGAGGAGGAGCAGUGUGUGUUGUGGACAGAGUGUGUGGAGGAGGAGGAGGAGGAGCAGUGUAUGUUGUGGACAGAGUGUGUGGAGGAGGAGGAGGAGGAGCAGUGUAUAUUGUGGACAGAGUGUGUGGAGGAGGAGGAGGAGGAGCAGUGUGUGUUGUGGACAGUGUGUGGAGGAGGAGGAGGAGGAGCAGUGUAUGUUGUGGUCAGAGUGAGGAGGAGGAGGAGGAGGAGUGUGUGUUGUGGACAGAGUGAGGAGGAGGAGGAGGAGGAGCAGUGUGUGUUGUGGUCAGAGUGUGUGGAGGAGGAGGAGGAGGAGGAGCAGUGUGUGUUGUGGUCAGAGUGUGUGGAGGAGGAGGAGGAGGAGGAGGAGGAGGAGCAGUGUGUGUUGUGGUCAGUGUGUGUGGAGGAGGAGGAGUAG